UUUACUGAGGUUAGACAGAUGGAAAAGUCUAUACAGUUCAUCCAGGGCCCAAGGAGGUGACCAGUGACUCAGAGACCUUAAGGGCUUGCUGGGACUUCUAGUAGAUGGGGUCAAUUUAAUGCAGGCCAUGUUGACUUGACAAAUGAUGACUGUGACUGACUUGACUUGUGACUGACAAGACUGUGACUGUGGUUACUUUUUGCUUUGUGGCUGCAGACUGGACUUGAGGCUCCUAUGACUCUGGACUCUUGGGCUCAACUUGACUGGACCUCAGCAGGAAGCAAGAGAGAGAAGAGACUCCUCCCAGGACUUUUAUGGGGGAGACUCUGGGGGGAUCCCAUUGGUCACCCCUAGGUCACCUGGUCACUGAUAUCUCCUGGGUAACAAUCACAUGACAAAUCACAUGACAACUGAAGAUCACAUGGGAACAUUUCUUAAAGUGAUGGUUAUCGGGGUAAUUCUGUAUCAGCCUACAGACGUCAUACAUGUGGAUUCGGGGACCAUAGCAGAGCUCUCCUGUCUGUCCAAUCAACUACUAGAAGCUGGAUCUCUGGUCUCCUGGUACCGAAGAAGUUGGACAACUGGACAAAACAUUUCUCUAGUUAAAUCUUGUGUGCACAAUGACAACAAUAAAUAUAUCUGUAGAAAUGAAGAUUAUAAGGCUAAACUGCAGAUACGCAACACACAGACCCGUGACUCCGGAGUUUACUUCUGUGCAUACUAUUACUAUUCUACCUAUAACAUUUCAAAUGGAACCAUCCUGAUUGUCAGAGAGAGAUCUACACCCUAUAAUGUCCAUCUUCUGGCCCAACUCCAGACAAUUCUUCCUAAUAGGAUGGUGCAGUUGGCUUGCGUUGUUCAUGAAGUUCCCCAUUUAGUCUAUGUAACCUGGAAUAUUUUUGGGACUAACGUUAUGGGCAAGAUGACUUCUACGCAAGCAUCAGAUGGGACGUGGACUACCAUGAACAUCAUCUUAUUGCCUGAAUACACAUUAACCCAUGAAGACAAGGUGAUGUGUGAGGUCUGGUAUAGAUCCAACCAUAUCCAACUCCAUUGGAACAAACCAGUUUCAGUUGCAGAACAGCCACUUGUCUCUACAUGUUCCUGGUAUUGGAAGUCCGUCCUCACCGCCAUUGUUCUGGUGAUCUUCUUGAUAGCCAUACAUCUCUCUAACACUUGCAUUUGACUAGGUACGGUCUUGUGGUUUUAUCCAUAUCAAGCAUGUAUUUCGCACCACCAUAACUCCUUUUAGUAGUUAGUUUUCCUAGAAACAGUCUAGAGAAACCUGAGCAGAUGUCAAGGUCACCUAGACUUGCAUUGAGGGCGUGUGGCUUGACGUCAUGACCCCCGUAGCCCACAGCCAGCGUUCCGAAGAAAAUGUUUUGAACGCUGGAAAAGUGGAGUACCCCUUCAAAGGGGUACUCUGGUGGAAAACAUUU